AUGGAUGAACAAUUUUUGACUCAACUUGAACAUACCUUAAGUUCAAUUGUGCAACCAAAUUCCGCAGGGUUAAAGGAAGCUACAAAGACAUUACAAACGCAAUUCUUUACUCAAGCUGCCUCUGUUCCAGCAUUGAUUCAUAUUUUGCAGAACAACCCCGAUGAUGCUUUAAAACAAUUAGCAGGUGUGGAAUCCAGAAAAUUAAUUUCAAAGCAUUGGGAUGCUCUAGAUGAAACAAUCAAAGCCCAGAUCAAAUCAUCAUUGUUGCAAACUGCAUUCAGUGAGCCAAAAGAAAUUAUUCGUCAUGCUAACGCUCGUGUGAUUGCAGCUAUUGGUUCCCAAGAGCUAGAAACUAAUAAAUGGCCAGACUUAAUCCCAAAUUUAAUUCAAGCAGCCUCUGGUGAUGACGCCACUACUAGACAAACGGCUAUUUUCAUUCUUUUCUCUGUGUUGGAAGAUUUUAAUCCAGCGUUGACUGCCUACAUUGAUGAUCUAUUGAACCUAUUUGCACAAACUAUUAAUGACCCAGCAUCUUUGGAAACGAGAUCCUUGUCUGCCCAAGCUUUGAACCAUGUUUCUGCCUUAAUUGAAGAACAGGAUGAGAUUAAUCAACAACAAGCUGCAAAAUUCUGCUCUUUAAUCCCAUCAGUUGUUAACGUCUUGGAUGCUGCAAUUAAAGCUGACGACACUGAUAAUGCCAAGCUUCUUUUCAAUUGUUUUAAUGAUUUCUUGUUAUUGGAUUCUCAACUAACUGGGAACACUAUUGCUGAUUUGAUUAAGCUGAACUUGCAAAUUGCUGUCAAUACCAGCAUCGAUGAAGAGAUUAGAGUUUUCGCUGUUCAAUUCAUUACAUCAGCACUAUCUUACAGAAAAUCCAAGGUAUCUCAAAGUAAACUUGGUCCAGAAAUUACCUUAGCUGCCUUAAAGAUUGCCGCUGAAGAGAUCGAUGUGGAUGAUGAGUUAAAUAACGAAGAAGAAGUCUGCAGAAAACGAGAAAAUACACCAUCUUUGACUGCUAUUAGAUUAUUAGCCUUUGCUUCUUCAGAACUACCACCAUCUCAAGUGGCAACUGUUAUUGUUGAACAUUUACCAACCAUGUUGCAAUCAACCAAUCCAUUUGAAAGAAGAGCAAUCUUACUGGCUAUAUCUGUAGCUGUCACAGGUUCUCCAGACUAUAUUUUAUCCCAAUUUGAUAAGAUUAUCCCAGCUGCUAUUGCUGGGUUGAAGGACCCAGAACCAGUAGUAAAAUUGGCCGCCUUGAAGUGUGUGUCUCAUUUGACUACUGAUUUACAAGAUGAGGUUGCUAAAUUCCACGAGCAAUUCUUACCAUUAAUCAUCGAUAUCAUUGACACAGCCAAGUUUGUUGUUAUUUACAAUUAUGCAACUGUUGCUUUAGAUGGUCUUUUGGAAUUUAUUGCUUACGAUGCUAUUGCUAAGUACUUAGAACCUUUGAUGAACAAAUUGUUUUAUAUGUUGGAAAAUAACAAUUCUUCCAAGUUGAGAUGUGCAAUUGUUUCUGCUAUUGGUUCAGCUGCUUUCGCCGCUGGUACUGCUUUUAUCCCAUACUUCAAGCCAAGUGUUCAAUAUUUAGAAAAAUUUAUUCAAAACUGUUCUCAUAUUGAAGGUAUGAGUGAAGAUGACAUUGAAUUGAGAGCCAUCACCUUUGAAAAUAUUUCUACCAUGGCCAGAGCUGUUAGAUCUGAUACCUUUGCUGAAUUUGCUGAUCCUUUAGUGAAGGCAGCAUACGAUGCUAUCAAGACCGAUUCUGCAAGAUUAAGAGAAUCUGGUUAUGCUUUUAUUGCUAACUUGGCCAAGGUCUACGGUGAAAACUUUUCUUCUUUCUUAGAAACUGUCAUUCCAGAAAUUUUCAAAACUUUGCAAUUGGAUGAAUAUCAAUUUAACUUUGACGAAGAAGAAUUAGAAGCGUUGUCAGGUGGUGUGAAUGAAGAAGAACUAGCUAACAAAUUCACAGUCAACACUGGUAUUUCUUAUGAAAAGGAAGUUGCUGCUGCAGCUUUAUCUGAAUUAGCCUUGGGUACCAAACAACAUUUCUUACCAUAUGUUGAAGAAUCUAUGAAGGUUUUGAAUCAACAAGUCGAUGAAUCUUACGGUCUAAGAGAAACCGCCUUGAAUACAAUUUGGAGUAUUGUUAAAGCUGUUUUAUUAGCAGCCAAGGUUGAGCCAGAAAAGUAUCCAAAGGGGAUUCCAACUGGUUCUUAUGUUGAUGCCAGUGCCCUAGCAAUUAUCCAAAGUGCUAGAGAAACUGCCAUAAAUAACUUGACUGAUGAAUUUGAAACAUCAAUGGUCAUCACAAUUUUGGAAGAUUUUGCAAACAUGAUUAAACAAUUCGGUAGUAUUAUUAUUAUGGACAAUGGUGAUUCCACAAUGUUGGAAACUUUAUGUCUACAAGUUUCUCAAGUACUAGCUGGUACUCAUGCUUGUCAAACUAUUGAUAUGGAAGAAGAUGUUCCAAAGGAUGAAGAAUUAGAUGCCUCUGAAACAGAAGCUACUUUGCAAGAUGUUGCCUUAGAAGUCUUAGUCAGUCUGUCACAUGCUCUUGCAGGAGACUUCGCUAAGAUUUUCGAAACUUUCAAGCCUUUACUCUUCAAAUUGUUUGAAUCUAAAUCUAAGAACAAAAGAUCGUCUGCCGUUGGUGCUGCUUCAGAGCUUGCUCUUGGUAUGAAGGAAUCUAACCCAUUCAUUCAUGAAAUGAUGGAGGCUUUGGUCAUCAGAUUGACAACUGACAAGUCAUUAGAAGUCAGAGGUAACGCCGCUUACGGUGUUGGUUUAUUGUGCCAAUAUGCUCCAUUCGACGUAUCUGCCAUUUACGGUCCAGUUCUUAAAGCCAUGUAUGAAUUACUAAGUACAGCUGACCAAAAGGCCUUAGCUUCAGAAGAUGACGAAGCCACUAGAGAAAUCAUUGACAGAGCAUUUGCUAAUGCCACUGGUUGUGUUGCUAGAAUGACUUUGAAACAUGAAACUCUUGUUCCAGUCGAACAAACACUACCAGCUUUAUUAGCUCAUCUCCCACUGAACACCGGAUUCGAAGAAUAUAACCCAAUUUUCGAAUUGAUUAUGAAAUUGUAUCAAGAGGGUAAUGCUAUCAUUGUCAAGGAAACUCCAAAGGUUGUGGAAGUACUAGCUACUGUAUUUACAAAGGAACAAGAAAGAAUCAAGCUAGAACAAGAAUCUACCUUAGGUAGAGAAGAAAACAUGGAUAGAUUGAAGCAAUUCCAAACCGAGGAAAUGAAGUUGAAGGUCAUUGAAUUGCUGAAGUACUUAAACACUACCUACAAUGGUAUUGUUGCACAAAACCCUGUUUUGGCCGGUGUUAUUGCCUAA